GAACUAAUGGUUUUACUCAAUUCCUGAGUUUCCUGAAUUCAUGGCCCCCAAAUCUUUUUAAAAGAGUUUUUAUUUCUUUAUUUUUUAUCAAAGCAGGUUUUUAAUAGUAAGUUUUGAUAUUUUAGGUUUUUUUGAUGCUUUGGCCCCCACUAAAAACUCACGCUGUUGCCCAUUACUCUAAGUGUAAUACUUUAAUACAGUUUUCAUAUAUAAUUAAUCUACAAAAAUGCCGAAAGUAAAGGUUGCAAUUACACGGAUGGAAAAUGAAAAAAAAUAUUGUGGCGGCCCAUGUGAACUAUCAACGACACUUUCCAAGCACUUUUAGACAGGUUAUUCAGUAUUAUUACUAUCUUAUUCAUAUAAAUCCAAAUGCAGAUAUCGUAUUAGUGACUCAGCAAAUUAGCAAUAAUAUAAAAUCAAUUCGGGCUACAGUAAACACACGAUUACCUCUUAUAACUGACAAAUCUAUUAAUAGGAAAGUUAAAGAUCUUCUCGUACUUGUUAAGGGUGUUGAUCGCAAGCACGGAAAAGCAAGCGCUAAAAGAAAUCUUGAUGCAAACUUGGACAAACUUUUUGAUAUUUUUGCGUGUUCCUGUUCAUUAGAUGUGUUUCCCUGUAGUGACAGAAAAGUUUCAUGUAAUAAAGAAAAUUGCAUCAAAGAACAUAUUGUAUGCCUUUGUUCUCAAAGUAAUAAAGUACCUCUGGAAGACAGAGCUUAUCUUCGUGAUCACAGGAAAAAAAUUUGUCCAAAAGGUGCAUAUCAAUUUUCUUCUUGACUUGAUAAAGAACGACAAAAAAUAUCUCAUAACCGAGUUAAUGAAGAUGAAUUCCUCAUAGCACAAGUAAACUUACUUGAAGAAACAAGUGGUUUGACCAAUACGGAGGAUGAAGGUGAAUGGAAACCAGUAAAUAAUCCUAUUGGAAAAUACAACUUAGUUAAACUUCCAAGAUUUGCAAUGGAAUUAGUCAGAAAUGAGUGUUCGUCAAACAUAGGUGCAGUCCUUGCAAAUGCUUUACUACAUGACAUAAAACAUCUCUUGAAAAAUGACGUUGAUAUUAAAGAUAUUUUGAUUGACAAAUGCAAGUUAGAUAGGGCCAAGUCAAAAGUAAAAAUCGUUAGUGAAGAGGUGGACUCAGAACAAAAAAAACAGUUAAUUUGUCUUGGGGUUGACAGCAAGCUCGAUCAAAUAACUAAAACAAAUAUAGUAAUAAACUUACCUCAAAGAGAAGUACUAAAGAAAUGCAUUGAACUUGAACAUCAACUCACAUUUACUUAUGAAGAUGGAAAAUCGAGUGGAAAUUAUUUGACUCAUCGGACGAUUCCUGUCACCGGUGCUACAGGUUUAGUUCUUGCUACCGAAACGUUUAGUGUUUUACAAGAACUUAACAGUUUGGAAAGUAUACAAGCUGUUCUUCUUGAUAAUACUGCUACAAAUACUGGACCGCUUAACCAUGCAAGUCUAGCUAUUCGCCUUCUCUGUUUGUAUAUUAGAGACAAUCAACCAACUGUUUCUUUAAAAAAAACUUGUAUGUUUUAUUGUUCAGGUUUACGCUCCAGCGUAGUUCGAUAUAAAAAAAUCUUCAAAAUUUCACGAAUCCCCGCGCCUUAUUUUUUCUAUUAUCACUAGAAUAAAUAAUCUCCCCUUUGAUGAUGUUAAACAUAUUGUUAAAAAAAACAUUAAAAACAAUGCAUUGUGCCUAAAACCUGAAAAUAUUCUUUAUGCCAUGUUAAAAGAUAAUGACAGCAAGAUACGAAACUUUGGUUUUCAAAUCCUACUGGGUCUAAAGCAAAGGUAUUUUUUUAUAGUAAACUAAAAUAAAGUUUUGAAAAAAAAUGAUACAUUAAAUGUGGUAAUUGGAUUUGAUUUAUAUUUAUAGAGUAAACAACGAAAGUUUGGAAAAAAAAUUCCAGAAAUUAAUUUUAAUGCUAAUCAUUGGUAUGAGUUGGUAGAUAUCAACAUUACUAAAUUUACGGAGCUCCCAACAACACAACAUUUUUCAGUUGAGGAAAUCCAAUAUGCGAUUGACAAUAAUGUUAAACCUGAAAUCCCCGACUUUCCAUCUCAUUCCCAGAGUGUUGAGUGAGCGGUAAAACUUCUGUCGAACGCAUCCAAAUAUGUUUAUGGAUUCGAGAACCGACACAGCUGCAUUUUAACUAAACUACUAAGCAGGAAGAUGCGUAAACCGUAUAUUUCAAAAGGGCAUUAUUCCCAUUCUUAUGAUGAUAUUUUUUAAUUGAAAAUAUUUUCCUAAAAUAUAUAUAUCCAUAACCAAAAUGUUUUAAAUUGU